AUGAACGGAAACAAUCUUCAGCUCUUCUGGGAGAUCGCCUCAUCCAAUCAGGAUGCAAGGCUUACUUCGGCGAAUCAGCUCGUCGAGGAGCUCCUCUCCCAACAGGACGUGCUCGCCUCCUCCUCAAAGAUCACCCUCGACCUUCCCUCGCCACCAGAAAGCAGCGACGACGACGACAGCCAAGACGACGUCAACGUAGACGAAGCAGAGGCAGAGGCUGUCGAGGAUGCAUUGGGCAACCGCACCGUCGCAGAUCUGAUGUACGCCCUUCGACGAUUGUUGCGUGGCCUCGCUAGUCCAAGGGAAAGCUCGCGUCUCGGCUUUGCCGUGGUGCUCACAGAGCUCCUCUCACGCAUCAGCUAUGCAGUCACUGCCAAAGAGAUCCUCACCCUCAUCCUCAAAUACUCGAAUCCGCAAGUCGCCGCCAGCAGACAGGAGCAAAAGGACUUCAUGUUUGCCAAGCUCUUCGGUAUCAUGAGUCUCGUUCAAUCCGACUUGCUCGUCCAACCCACAGCCACCUUGCACGACUUCAAACGCUCCAUGCGCAUUCUCAUUGCUCUUUCCUCGGACAAACCAUGGAUGGCCGAGAGCUGCGCGUGGGUGAUGGUCAAUGCCGUAGCCCAGAUCCAACGUCCAGAUGUCAAGAUCGGAUGGUCGCAAGCAGCACAGUCUUGGAUGACCGAGCAGAUCUCCUCCACCAAGGAGCUGAGCCCUGAGAAGCUCGCCGUCCUGCUGCAGCUGAGUCAUGGAGCAGGUGCCGAGUUCUUUGCCGACACAGCGCUCCCGACUAUGCGCAAGGAGCACCCGCUCUCGACGGCCAAUCUCGCUUCGCUCGCACGCGUGCUCAAGGAGGCGAUCCCGUCCGAAAACGAGUCGGCCGCUCCCGCCGGCGCGCGCUCUCGCUGGCAAGCCAAGAUCCACUUUGUCUGGGAUCUCAUCCUCGACAUCUUCUUCGAUCCUGCCGCCACCACAGCAGAGGCCAAGAUCUCGUCCUUCCCCGACUUCUACCGCGUCGUCGUCGACGAAACCCUCUUUGCCGCUGCUUCCUCGCACGAUCGCAAGUCGUGGGGAUUCCAGGUCUUCCAGCGUGCCCUUCCGCGUGCCAACGAUGCAGACAAGCCAAUGCUCUUUACGCCCAACUUCAUGCGCACGCUCAUCAACCAGCUCGGCAACCGCGACAGACUCCUCCACCGUGCCGCCGUCAAGGCUACCGAGACCAUUCAGGACGUCGUCAAGCAGCAACCGCAUCUCGGCUUCGUCCUCGUCACCCAGCUCAUCGGCAAGAACGGCCACCAGAACUUCGAUUCCAUCACAAAGACCAAGACGGUCGAACAGGUGCUUUCGUCGCUCGACAUUGAUCGUGUGCGCGAGUACGUCAAGCACCUAGGCGACAUCAUCUGCCAGGGCAUCGAGACCGAAGACGAGGACGAGGUGAUGGAGAUCACCAACCGAAGAAAGUGGGCGCUCGAUCAGCUCUUGUUCUUGGUACGCACACCUACCGUUCCCAAGGACGACGAGCUGCUUGUCGACAUCCUAACCUUCCUCGCCGCGCACGGAUACUUUACCAUGCAGAAGCCGCUCAAGAAGUGCUUCCUGCUCGAACGUCUGCCCACGCCUGCCUUCACCGACUCGCUCAAGCAGGUUACCCGUUCGCGCUUCCUCUCGAGCGUUUCCGAGCUGGCCAAGCAGGCAACGUCGUCCACCGUCGCUGCUGGUAAGAAGACACCCGGCGUCGCUCAGGACGGUCAGCUGUGGCUCGCGAAAGCCCACAACGUCCUGCUCCAGCUCGAGAAGGACAAGAGCUUCAAGUCGAUCUUUGACCACGACGACGAGAUCGCAGCCAAGCUCGCAGAUGGCGUGCGCUGCCUGGAAAAGGUGCGCAAGUUCGAGGCAAAGAGCACGGAUGUUGAUGUGAAGGACCGCACGCGGGCUUUCCAGUCGCUCCUCCUGUCGGCGCUGCUUGUGUCGGCGGAUGCGGCCGACGGCGCGUCCGACUUGGUCGAGCCGCUGUCUGCUUGCGCAGACAAGCUCUUCCCCGCUGCUACUGCUGCUUCAUCGCGCAAGGGCAAGCAGAUCCUCGAGGAAGGGGAGGACGAAGUCACCGGCAUCGAGUUGCUCUGCGACUGCCUGCUCAGCUUCCUCGAGCUCUCGUCUGCCUUCCUGCGCACUUCGGCUUCCAAUGCGUUCGAAGCCUUCUCGCAGGACAUGACCAAGUCGAGCAUCGGAUUGCUCCUCUCGCAUCUCGGCACCGCCGACGAGGUAGCCGAGGAGCAAGACGACCAAGACGAGGAACUGGACGAAGACGACGCAUCCGCAUCGGAAGAAGCUGACCAGGACGGAGAGGUUUCGGACACCUCGGCUACCAGCGACGACGAGGACGAUGCCUCGGAUGCAGACCACGAGGAGGAGGACGAUGACGAGAACGAACCGGUUGAUGAGGAGCUUCGGGCUCGCGUUCGCGCUGUGCUCAAGGAGUCCGGUAUGGCCGAUCCUGAAGACGAUGAUACUCUCAACGCAGAGGACGAUGAUGACGAGGCGGACGAUGCACAAUCGGAUGCAGGCUCUGAUUCGAGCGUCGAGUUCUCGGAUAUGGGCGAUGACGAGAUGAUGCUCUUGGACGAUAAGCUGGCCGAGGUGUUCCGUCAGCGCGUAUCCGCAGUCCGUGGUCAAAAGGAGGCCAAGCAGGAAGCCAUCGCCUUGCGAUUCAAGGUUUUAGAACUCGUCGAGAUCUUUGCACGCAAGCAGCCGCAGAGCCCCUUGAUGCUGGAUCUCAUCCUCCCCCUCUAUGAGCUAUGGACCAAUCGAGACGAGGACACCGAACAGCUCGCCACCAAAGCUCGCACUUUGCUCAUCAGCCGCAUCAGCAAAGCCAAGACCGUUCCCGACGAGUUCGCCGCGGACCAGUUGACCGCCCUGCUGCAGCGAAUGCACACAGAAGCACGCGAGUCAUCCUCCAACGAUGUCUCGAACGUCAGCUCGGCUCUCAAUCUCUACCUCACCAAAGUCGCUCUCUCCUCCAGCCCUGAUAAAAUCAGCGCAGCAUUGGAAGGACAACUUGUCUCGAUCUACCGCGAGUCGUUGCUCGACUACCUGCUGCGAAAAUCGUCUCGUCUGCGUCACGAGUUCCUCAUCGAUGCGUUCCGACGAUUCCCCCUGCUCGGAUGGGAGCUUCGAUCGGAGCUGCUGGACAACGUCCGACCGGGCGCGGCGACACGAGCCUUCCGACAGGUGCAGGUCAUGUCGAUGCUCCAAGCCGUGCUGACUCAAAUUGCCCAGCGAACGGAAAAGAGCGGGGAAGUGUUGGCCUUCGUACCCGAGAUCAGCAACGCUUUCGUUUCGAUCGUCAACGAUGCUUGCGAAUCCAGCACUGGAAUGACAUCGAAUCACCUCAAGGACACGAUCAAGUUUGUCCUCCAAGUUGCCAGGAUCAGCGCUAAGGUGGGUGAAGCGGAGAAGGUCAAGAGCGCAUGGAAGGUGGGCAAGCUGCAAGAGGCAGGGGAGAAGCUGCAGGCAUCGGAAAAGUUCAAAGCGUCGACUUCGAUCCAUGAUCUGAUGAAGCAGUUGCUCAAGGUCAUUCAGCCCGAUGCGAAGGGGGAAGCGGCGGGAAAGAAGAAGGACGGCAAGAACAAGAAGCGCGCUGCGAAUGAAGAGGUCGGUGCGGGGAGCGAGACGAAGGUGAACGGCAAGUCGCCAUCGCCCAAGAAAAAGGUCAAGUCGAGCGACAAGUGA